AUGGCGUCGUCUUCCCCAAUCGUCUACUCUUCCACCCUCCUCCUCUCCCUCGCCCUCAUCUUCAUCUUCGCCCCCGAAAUCCUCCCUUCCCAAAACCCUUUCUUCUCCCCUCACGACGACCACGACGAUCUCGCACUCUUCAACAAAGCCCUCCGCUCCGCCUCCUCCGUCCACGGCCGCGGCCACCGCCGCCUCCGAAUCUCCCGCCUCGCCACCAAAAACCCUACCCCCAAAAUCGCCUUCCUCUUCCUCACCAACUCCAAUCUCACCUUCGCCCCUCUCUGGGACCGCUUCCUCCGCGGCCACGCCCACCUCUACAACAUCUACGUCCACUCCGAUCCCUUCUCCGCCGUCCAGAUUUUCCCUCCCCCUUUCGAAUCGCACCUCAUCCCCAGCAAGAAGACAGAGCGGGCUUCCCCUUCCCUAAUCGCCGCCGAGCGGCGGCUCCUCGCCAGGGCGAUUCUCGACGACCCGUUCAAUCUCUAUUUCGCCCUAAUCUCCCAGCACUGCGUCCCUCUCCACUCGUUCCCCUUCCUCUACCGCUCGUUAUUAGGGGAAAACCCACUCAGGGCUUUCACCUCCCAGCCUCGCCACCGGAGCUUCAUCGAGAUCCUCUCCGACGACCCCAACCUCCCCGAGCGGUACGCCGCAAGGGGGGACGGCGUGAUGCUGCCGGAGGUGCCGUUCGAGGAGUUCCGGGUCGGGUCGCAGUUCUUCGUGCUCGCCAAGCGACACGCGCUGCUCGUGCUGGCGGACAGGAAGCUGUGGAGGAAGUUCCGGCUCAAGUGCCUGAAUCUGGACUCCUGUUACCCGGAGGAGCACUACUUCCCGACGCUCCUGUCCAUGGCGGACCCCGAAGGGUGCAGCCGCUUCACCCUGACGAAUGUGAACUGGACGGGGAGCUUCGACGGGCACCCGUAUACCUACGAGGCGGCCGAGAUCUCGGCGGGGUUGGUUCGGAGGUUGAGGCGGUCCAAUUCCAGCUACCCUUAUUUCUUCGCUCGGAAGUUUUCGCCGGAAUGCCUGCCGCCGCUGAUGGAUAUUGCCGAGGACGUUAUUUUCCGGGACUGA